AUGCUGUCUACUGGAGACGUGCAAGGUUGUCUUCGUAAACUGGAAACUCUUCUGCGGGUAAUAAAGUACCCAGGACAUGUCGACUACAGUGGCCUUUCAAAAGGAGAUCCCUCCGCUUUCCUGCCAAUUGUGGGCUUCACCUUGACUUCCUUCUCUCCACCUUUUGCUGAGCAACUAGUGGAAGCUGGACUGGAGCUGACUGGCAAAACAGACCUUAGAUUCACUGACACUCUUUAUAAGGUUCUACGAGAUAUCUUCCACUAUAAGCCCAUACUGUCUAAGCAGCAGUUCCUCCAGUGGGGUUUCUCUCAAAGGAAAAUCUCUGUCGUCUGUGACAUCAUUAACUUGGUCUUACAGAGACACAACCAAAUGAAGAAGGUGAAGAUCCUUUUAAUGCCCAGGCUCAGAUAUCAUGCCUCACACAAGGAUGUCAGAGGACAAGCUUGUCCAACCCUGCCUGAUGCAGACACUUCUCCAGAGGUGGAAGGAAGGCUGUCAGCAUUGGAAGCUCAGCUGGGGAGCAUCCAGUUUGGGUUAGACAGGCUCAGUAUCGUGGAGAAACGCCUGGAGGAGCAUGACAGACGGAGUAACAAAGAUGAGAAUGAAGUCAUUACCAUCUCCAAAAGGAACUGGGAAAAUCUGAUGAGCAGAGUCCUGUUACUGGAAACUAAACUAGAACUGAGCAAUACACAGUCAAGUGUCCCACCUCCAUGCCAGUCAUCUACCUUGUCCUGUUCUUCCAGCUCCAUGUGUGAUGCUUCAAAGGAGGACAUGUCAGUCAGGCUAGAGAGGAUCACCAACAUGCUGAAGAGUACCUCCAGUCUGCUGAAGAAUACUGAAUCCACUGCAACACAAAGCAAAUAAAUGAUCAUAAAUUACCCUCAUAAAGCUUAUUAAUGUAGCUCAACAUCACAAUUUUUACUUCUGUCUUCUUGUCAUUGUUAAUAUUUAGUAUUAAACCAUAAUGAUCAACAAUAUCUACCUGUCAACUUAAUUUAUAACUUUUCUAACAAGCUAUCUAAAUCUAAAUCUAUGUGAAGAGAGGAAGACCUCUGCUCAGAGUACCAAUGAUUUGAUUUCACUGUGUUAGCCCUCCAAAA